AUGACGACAGAGGCCCGGCCUUCUCCGGCUGCGCGGCGCACGACUGGUCGAGAAAUUCCGAAGCUUUACUCCAUUCACAAGGGCACCGUGGCUCGAGUGCAAGACUACGGGGCCUUUGUGCGGCUCGGAGAUGGCUCGCGGUACAAGGAUGGCCUGCUACAUAUUUCGCGACUCUCGGCUUCCGGCCGAGUCGAAGCAGUGGCAGAUGUGUUGGCACAGGAUGACACAGUUUGGGUGAAGGUUGUGGAAGUGAGGGAGGAGGAGGGAAAGUUCAGUCUCGACAUGCGCUUUGUUGGCCAGAGAGAUGGUGAAGACCAGGAUCCCAACAACGUGCAGGCGGAUGCUGGAAAAGGCAAGGGCCAGGGCAAGUCUGCUCCGGAGCCCAUUCGCAUCGGUGCGAUCCAGGCCACAACAUGUUCGCGUUGUGGCGCACGUGGGCAUUCAGCCAGAGAGUGCUGGGCUGGAGGAGGCAAGCAGUACGACUUGGUCGAGGAGGCACCGGAGGCUUCCGGAAAGGCGGGCGGCAGAGGAUUGGAAGAUGCUGCUGGCGGACAUGAUGCCGCAACCGUGAAAAAAGCUCUCCAAGAAUACUUCAAGAGGAAAGCUGCGGGGGAAGACUCCUCGUCCAGUUCCUCGUCCAGCGACAAGAAGAAAAAGAAGAAGAAGAAAAAGGAGAAGAAGAAAGACAAGAAAGAAAAGAAGAAGAAAAAGAAGGAGAAAAAGAAAGACAAGUCUGCUGCGAAGGAGGCCAUGGGGGGCCUAGGCGGCCUAGUGCUUGAGCAAGUGUGA